UUCCCUCCUUGUUCCUCACUUUCCUCCACCGCCGCCGCCGCCCUCCAUGGCUGCCCCUCACAAUAUUUGGGCCUUCCUCAACUCCGGCAGUGAUGUCGAUAUCGACAUCGACCUUGACGAUGAUAAUGACAACGACAAUAGCAACGACAAAUCCCCUGCCAACACCGACCUCUUACCUCCCCUGCCUUUGUCGGGAAGGAAGAGGGAGGCGGUGGAGGGGAGACCGGGUGGAGGUGGAGAGUCGACCGAACAUGAAAUUCAUAUUUGGACGGAGAGGGAGAGGAGGAAGAGGAUGAGGAAUAUGUUCUCUAAUCUUCAUGCUUUGAUUCCUCACCUUCCUCCUAAGGCAGACAAAUCAACUAUAGUGGACGAAGCAGUAAACUACAUAAAAACCGUACAACAAACCCUUCAAACACUCUACAACCAAAAGCUCGAAAAGCUCCAAAACAACAAUCCAGCUGUGAGCUAUAAGGCUGCUCAUUAUCAUCCUCAACAACAACAGCAACAACAACAAUCCAGCUCAACCACCACAACCCACCAAGCUUUCUUGACCGACCAAGCUUCUUCUUCCAACGGCAUGUCCUCCACUCUUCUUCCAUCACCACUGCCGCCGUUGCCGCCUCCUUUUUCUGAUACUACUACGACGUUUCAGACUUGGACUUCCUCCCACCUCGUAUUAAGUAUUUGUGGCGGCGAAGCCCAUUUCUGCAUCUGCUCCGUCAAGAAGUCUGGCUUGUUCGCCGCCGUUUGUUAUAUUCUUGAUAAGCAUCAGAUCGAGGUUGUUUCGGCUCAUGUCUCCUCGGAUUUCCAUCGCACGUUCUUUAUGAUUCAAGGCCAUGUGAAUGGAAGAUGGGACGAAUUCGGAGCAGCGAUGGUGGCAGAAGAAAUGUUCAAGCAAGCUGCCGGGGAGAUCAACUUCUGGUUGUCUUCUUGAUCGGAGUGUCGGAUGUUCUCUCUGCCAUGAAAGCUGUUGCAUGAAGUUUGAGAGAGCUUAGAUCAUCAUCAUCAACAUGGAUCAAUAUGGCUACUCUAUCUUGAAACUCUUCACUUCUGGGCCUAGAUAAAA